UUGGUUCACAAACACACAGCCUUGUGUAAAUAGAGAAUAUAAAUUGACAUCCUAAACCUAAAAGUUGAGUCUGAAAAUAUAACGCCGAUGGACAGAAUAUCGAAUUUGCCAAUUGAAAUCAUCCGUGAAAUUCAGAGUCGUCUUCCACGGAUCUAUGCAGUGAAAACUAGUAUUUUGUCGAAAAAAUGGCAAAGAAUCUGGGCUUCUCACCCGAAAAUUUUGUUGGACGAAAUUGAUUUUGGUGCCGACUAUUCACGAUACAGAGUUAAAGAUAAACCUAAAAGAGAUGCCUUCCUAACUUACUUGAUUAAGUCGUUAGAAAUCCGUGAGAGGCACAAAAAUUGUGAAGUUGACGAACUCUUUCUUCGAAUGAUAGUUUAUUCUGAUGCUGAUGAACUGCUCGUAAACAAGUGGAUUUCUUUUGCCUUGGAAAAUAGCAUUAAAAGGUUAUGUCUCAGUUUACAAACGAUUCGUCGUGAUCAUUACUAUCUGUAUGGUGUUGCAUUUUGUUCUCAUAAAUUAGUUGAUUUAAUUACAUCGGAUUGUAAGAUUACAAACUGUUCCUUUAAGCUUCCUGCUCUUAAGUUACUCUUUCUAUUUGUUGAGGAUGAUGAUUUUAAGGAUCUCAUAGCUGGAUGCCCACUGAUUGAACAGUUACGCAUUCAGGACACUAAAAAGUUGCGUACUAUUAAUCUAGUUUCAAAUCCUAACCUGCAAUUCUUUGGAGUGCAUCUUCCUUGUCCUCAUGGUGGUGGUAAAAUACGUAUAGAAUCCCCAAAUCUUCAUUCACUUGAAUUUAUUUCAUUCAACAUACACCUGUGUGAAUUAGAGAUUAUGUCCACCACAACCGUACGAAAGUUGACGUUGCUACAUGCUAAUGACCCAGAAACAUUUAUAGAAAAAUUCCCUCUACUUGACAAACUCGUCCUAGAUACUUGCGGUUGGUCGCAAAAACUUCAUAUUUCUCAACCGAAUUUGGUUAGCUUGGUGCUCAAGGAUAGCACUGUGCGGCGGGAGGUAAGAAUAGAUUCACCCAAGUUAAAAUCAUUGGAGUAUAAGGGUGGCCUCACAGAUUUUACGGGCAUACAAUAUUUACAAGAAUUGGAAUUCGUUCUGUUAUAUCUAGAUCCCAUUGAGCUUCCUGAUAACUUGUACAGUUGGUUUAGAGACAUUUUGGAGUCGUGUGCUCGUUCCAAAACUUUGAGUUUGAUCUGCGAUAUUCAAGAGGUUGUCCUCAUUCCUGUUAAGGUAACUGACAUAUUACCAGUAAAUGAUAUCAAGAAUCUGGAGUUAGAAAUUAAAACACGUCAUGGUACUUUUGAAGUGGUUAUAGAUGAGCUCAUCAGUAUUCUUCCAGAUUUGAAGACUUUGCCAUUGACUUUGGGUUCCACCACAAAGUUCUUUAAGUUUUCGUAGAGAGGAAUGAUGUGAAGGAAUUAACAACUCAUUUUGAACUCCAUAUUAUCGAUCAGAGGUUGAAGCUUAGAGAUUCGCAACUGUUAUCGCUGAACAAUUGUUCCAUGACUUGGUCAGUCGCUAUGGUACUGGACCAAUUUUUUGAAAGAAAAUUUAAUAUGUAGUGAUAGGUGUAAUUUGUUCUUCUUUUUUUUUUUCUUUUUCUGCAGAAGUGCCUCUUUAACUCUUGAAAACUUUGUUAUCAUCAAUAUUACUAUGCUUAUUAAUGGCAGAUGCAGCAUUGAAAGCGUUUUUACUUGUGUAACGUAGCAUUCUAGCUUCUAAUGGAGAUUAUGAUUUCACUUGUGUAACAUACCUACUCUACGGUCACUUUUUUCUGAAUUAUGUAUGCAUUGAGGAUCUAGGGCAUUGUUGUGUGCCCUAGAAUCGAAGAGUUAAAAUAUUGCAUAUACUACAACAAAAACAACUUUUAGCGGUACUAAAUAUUGAUACUAAUAAAAAGUGCUAAUAUCAUUACCGGUAUUAGUUAAGUGUUAUUAGAACUAAUGUCGCUAAAGACUUUAGGGACAUAUAUAAAGAGUGACAAUUGCCGUUAAAAAUAUUUAAUGGCAAUUAAAAAUUAAAUAUCGCUAAUGAUCAUUUUUAUUGUAAUGCUAAUGUGGUAAGUUUCAAAUCUCACCCU